GAGUGGGCGUGGUUUUGACACUGUGCUGCUGCUGCAUCGCUGAACGGCAUGAGGAUGAAGGAGAUAUAGCGGCUGUUAGACGGGGAGAGUUUUGGCCUGUAUCUUUUAAAGCCAUAUUAUUUUUACCGGAGGGCUGAGUUGUCGACGUGAAAUGAGGAAUUAUGGCUGACUAAGAAAAAGGUCUGACUGUGACCUGAAGGCUACCCUCUGGUAGAAGACAUGGACUAAAGAAGUAGCGUGUGUGUGUGUGUGUGUGUGUGUGUGUGUGUGUGUGUGUGAAAGCCUGUGGAGAUAACCAUGGUGGUGAGGUGGUUGCUGAAGACAUCCCACUAAAAAAAAAACAACAAACCAACAAAAAAUGAAAGCGUGAAGCUCUGGCUUCCACGAAGGCCACUGCUGCAGGCUGGACAGCGCAGCCACAUGAUCACAUGACUCUGGACAUGGAUGCGGUCCUGUCAGACUUUGUUCGGUCCACAGGGGCAGAACCUGGUCUGGCACGUGACCUGCUGGAGGGUAAAAACUGGGACUUGAGCGCUGCUCUGAGUGACUAUGAGCAGCUGCGGCAGGUCCACACUGCCAACCUGCCCCAGGUAUUUAAUGAGGGCCGUUACUACAAGCAGCCAGAGCGCAGUGGAACCCCACAGCACCUCAACAAGCUGGAGCAAUGUCUGCAGAGACAAGAGGAGAACACUCAGGAGAAGCGUCUCUCCCGGGGCAUCUCACACGCCAGCUCAGCCAUCAUGUCUCUGGCACGGAUGCACGUGACGGGCGAGUGCACCAGGGAGCAACUGCCUCUCGAGAUGCCCAUCUACACCUUCCAGCUACCUGACCUGAGUGUGUACAGCGAGGAUUUCCGCAACUUCAUCGAGUGUGACCUCAUUGAGCAAUCCACCAUGGUGGCACUGGAGCAGGCAGGUCGUCUGAACUGGUGGUCCACUAUAUGUACGAGCUGUAAGAAGCUCCUUCCGUUAGCAACUACAGGGGAUGGCAACUGCCUACUGCAUGCCGCUUCCUUAGGGAUGUGGGGCUUCCACGACAGAGAUCUGGUGCUGAGGAAGAGUCUGUAUGCUAUGAUGAAGAGCGGCGCAGAAAGAGAGGCGCUGAAGAGGAGAUGGAGGUGGCAGCAGACGCAGCAAAACAAAGAGUCAGGGUUGGUGUAUACAGAGGAAGAGUGGGAGAGAGAGUGGAACGAACUGCUGAAGUUGGCCUCCAGUGAACCUCGCACACACAUCAGCAAAAAUGGCAACACCAGUGGAGGUGUGGAUAACUCCGAAGACCCUGUCUAUGAGAGUCUGGAGGAGUUCCAUGUGUUUGUGUUGGCACAUGUGCUGAGGAGGCCCAUCGUGGUGGUAGCUGACACCAUGCUCCGAGACUCUGGGGGAGAAGCUUUUGCACCCAUUCCCUUUGGAGGUCUCUAUCUGCCCCUGGAGGUGCCACCCAACCGAUGUCACUGCUCACCGCUGGUGCUGGCAUAUGACCAGGCUCACUUCUCUGCCCUGGUCUCUAUGGAGCAGAGAGACCAGCAGAGAGAGCAAGCUGUCAUCCCUCUGACAGACUCCGAGCACAAGCUUUUAGCCCUGCACUUUGCGGUGGAUCCAGGCAGAGACUGGGACUGGGGGAGGGACGACAACGACAACACCAAACUGGCCAAUCUUAUUCUCUCAUUGGAAGCUAAGCUAAACCUCCUGCACAGUUAUAUGAAUGUAACAUGGAUUCGAAUACCAUCAGAGACACGAGCUCCCCUUGCACAACCCGAGUCUCCCACCGCAUCAGCAGGAGAAGAUGUGCAGUCUCUGGCUGAAUCCAUGGACUCAGACCGCGAGUCUGUCUGCAGCAAUUCCAACCUCAACAAUGGCAAGACUAGCAAAGAGAAAGACAAGGACAAGCAGCACAAGGACAAAGACAAAGCUCGUGCCGACUCAGUAGCCAACAAGCUGGGCAGCUUUAGCAAGACUCUAGGCAUCAAGCUGAAGAAGAACAUGGGUGGCCUGGGAGGUCUGGUACAUGGCAAAAUCAGCAGGUCCACCAUAACGAAUGGGCGCGCUGUGGAGAGCAGCGAACAGAAGCCCAAGAAGAAGGACUCCAAAACACGCAAAGGCAGCAAAGAGGAGUCGGGCCAAUCUACGAGUACGUCGUCCUCUGAGAAAGCGACCAGCCCAUCUCCUACUGACAGAGCAUCAGGUAAUUCCUCCGGAGAAAGGCAGGCCGGUUCAGGCAAAAAUCCAGACGAGCGGACUCUGGACAACUGGAAGUACAGCACAGAUGUCAAGCUGAGCCUGAACAUCCUUCGUGCAGCCAUGCAGGGUGAGCGCAAGUUCAUCUUUGCUGGUCUGCUGCUGACUAGCCACCGGCAUCAGUUCCAUGAAGAGAUGAUCAGCUACUACCUGAGCAGUGCGCAGGAGCGCUUCAGCACCGAGCAGGAACAGAAGAGGAAAGCCGAGGCUGAGAAAAAGCCCCAGACCAAUGGCACCCUCAAGAAGCCUGAGCAGGAGAGCACAUUCCAGAGAGAGCGCUCUGACAGCUCUCCCCCCGAGAGUUGCUCACCUGUUCUGCAUCCCAGCCAUAUCCACACACUAAAGGGCCAGGGGAGGAAUAGCCCUACCCUCGCUGCUUCCCCAAUUCCUAUCCCUAAUGCCAACCCGCCUUCACUCCCAUGCUCUUCCAUGUCACCCGUCCCCUUCUCCUCUCCCAGUCAAGGUGCUAAGCGACAGGAACCUAUCCCGGUAUCCGCCCACUAUAGCCAUACGCCACCCAUCCAGAGGCACAGCGUCAUCCACCUGAGAGAUAGCAACACGCAGUCCUCCAGCUACCAGGACGAGCCCUAUAAUAUUCCAGUGGGGACGCUGAAGACCUGUGCCACGUAUCCGCAACAGAACCGCUCACUGUCCUCUCAGAGCUAUAGUCCAGCACGCAUGUCUGGGAUUCGCGCCAUCCAUGGCGGAGAUCCUAUGCCAUACAGCAUGGCCGGCGAGCACAAAUCCCACACCUACACCAAUGGCUUUAAUGCAAGCCAUAUCCGGGACAGUCUGGAGUUCGCCGACGAGGAACUCGCACCCCACUCCUGGCUCAACCACGACAAAUCCAAGAUCCGCAGUGGAACCUGCCCCAUGUACUGCUUUCAGCAGAAGCGCUGCAAGAGGGAGAAUUGCUCCUUUUAUGGCAGGCCAGAGACAGAGAACUACUGCUCCUACUGCUACAGAGAGGAGCUGAAACGCAGGGAAAGAGAGGGCAAAGGACACCGACCUGGAUAGCCCCGCUCAUACACACACAUGCAGUGCAACACUGGUGUAUGUGUGUGUGUGUGUGCGAUUAUAAAGACAGCAGCGACAUCAUCACCCUCUGCACUAUGCGAGUAACAGACAGACACUGGCAUACCGUUUUCUAAUAUAUUUAAGAAUGAUCUCCUUGUAAUCUUGUUACUUUUCUCUCAAUAGCAAAAUGACACUGCAGUUUACAGCUUUGGCCAGAGAUUGUGCUGUCAUUUUAUUUGUCAGUUUGUCUUUUGUCCAAAUUUACAUUCUUUUACUUGUUCUAGAGUAAAAGCUCAUGUCUGUGCAUUUUGCUCAGUCUGUAAUAUAAAAUUUCUAGCACUAGCCGAAAAAGAUGUAAAAGCGUACGUCAGUCUCCUCUGAGCUCUCCGAAAGCUACUGGGUAACUCAUUUGAAUGCAAUACUUCAAUCAAUAUCUCAAUAGCAAGUAACAUCUUUCUGCUUUGGAAAUAAUUCCAAUGGGAGGGGAAGGAACCACUGAUAAACAGAAGGAAGUUUUUAAAAAGCAAUAAGUUUGGUAAUGAGCGCAGUCCCUCCCUUUUUUAUCUAUGCAUUCUUAACGUCAGCCAUAGUGUAUUGUCUUUGUGCAGAAACGAGUGUGAUUUUAUCUACCUGGAUGUAAGACGAUUGUUCUGAAAUUUCAUUUGUGACAAAAAAAUCAAAGUGUGCUGCAUGGUCUGUAACAUGCUUUUGAUUGUGCAGCACAUGACCGGACCUCGUGUACAUCGGUUUGCAUUCCAUUGAAACUCUCAUAUCCCGGCACCGUCUGAUGCGGUACAGCGCCAUUUAUUCCUAUCUGCGUUUUGCAAUAUAUCACGUUCUUGGUAGCAAAUGGCUUCUGUAAAAUAAACUACUGCUACUCAUGACCAAUUUAUACAAUGCAAGAGAAACAAUAUAAUGGAAUACAAACCUUUAUACACCUUUAUAGUGUAGUGGACUUAAACGUGAAAGCGAAUGGAACUCUCUGUGAUGUUUGUCAAUCUUGGUUACACCUCGGCGUGUUGUAGGUAAUGGCUGUUGCUCAUCAUUUGUUCUGUAACCCACAAGCACACACAUGAAAGUCUAUCAACAGACCCACCUGCGUUUGUCCUGAACAUCUGUGCCAAAAACAGUUUUGUCCUAUUUUUGAUAUUCUCAGGUAUUGUGUUAAAUGUGUUCACUAAUAUAAUCCCCAAAUUGAAUCACGAAAUUCAAUAUUGAAGAAUCACUUUCAGCAUAUAUGAAAAAGUUGGAUUUAAAAUUGAAUUAGCAAGCAGGAUUGGCUGGUGACCAUAGAAUCCGUUUGGGGCAGGACAACAAUAAUUACAACAUAAUCUCAAACACAAUUAAAUCAUCACGUUUACUUAAAGGCUACGAUCUAGCAAUGUUUUUUUUUUUUUUUUAAAUUUUUUAGAGUAACCCCAUGAAAGGGAAAUGAGAGCCGACAAGACACGAAUGAACCUGAACAGACCCGGUCUGAUGGUUUCUGUUUGCUGUUAAUUGCUGUCCAAAGACACACUAACGCUAACUAGCUAGAUAGAAACUGUAGAAUAAUUUGCUAAUUAGUUCGUUAAUCAGGGAAAGAUGGCAUUUCGAUCACUUCAAAUUAUUUUUUCAACUCUGUUUGAAACAUGACGUUCCUGUCUCCGUUAUCACAGUGUGAGACAAACACAAAUCAUAAACGAUGCAUUCAUAGAUCAAGAGUGGGGCAGAGUGAUUGUUGCCCCUGUAGGUCUCAGUUUGUGCUAGCUGUAGUUUUCAUUUUUAUUAUCACUGUGUGCAAUAAUAACCCAGAUGGAGCAAAAUGGAGCAACACACUGCAUCAAGAUUACAUCAUAUCUAGAAAGGUAAGGGAAUCAAUAGAAUAUCUGCAUUUUUUUCCCUUUAAAUUGUUGCUCACUCUAAAGAGGUCAUUAAUAAUGCAAGAUUAACAUCAGUUGCAACAGAUCUAUUUGGCUAGGCUCUGCCCCACCUGCCCCUACGGAAGAGCCGCCACUCUUAACAAGACAUGAUUAACAAGGUGUUAUGUAUGUUCUAUAUCACUGCAAAUAGUCUUGUAACUCAAAAACUUGCUUCGUAUACUAGGAAGGCCUCGAUUCCUCUGCCAUUCACAGCACCAGAAGGCCUGACAAUAUUGUUAUUGCUAACCCCUGUGUGAGCAUGGGCAAGGCAAAGUCCUCUUCUAGUGCUUGUCUCCUUUCAGGCGAGUGAAGAAUGUCAGAGCAUUACUCACUGCUUUCUGGUGUGUGUUGUAAUACUGAAUAACCCCGCACAGUCUAACGCUCGGUGUGUCUGUUUUCUUGCUCCUUCCUUCUGUGCUCCCUGCUCCUCCUCCUCCUCUUCUUCUUCCUCCUUUCUGUGUGACAGAAUCAUGGACUUGCACCGUCUUAGAAUUGUAAAAUAUGAUUUUAUAUUCAUUUGACAGUUUUACACUAAAUUAUUAAUUUGCACAUUAGGUACUGAUGUAAAUAGUAGGAGGAAACAGGAACAAAAGAACAAAACAAGAUUAGUUUGUUGUUAA